AUGGCCAGACAAGCAGAUUUGCAGCUACAGGUCAUCCUCUGGGGACUUUCUGUCCUUGGUGUUGACAAUAUUCCACUCACCAGGACACUCAAGGAUCUCAACAACUUCCUCCAGUCCCAAUAUGGGAUUCCAUCUGUCUGUUAUCAAGGGUUGCUGAGGCAGGUUUACUAUGAAAUGGCUAAUCCAUGGAUCCACCCACACAUAUGCCAUUAUCCUGAAGAUGCAGGGGGCCAGCUUGAACAAGCAUGGCAAGCAUCAAGAUGGUUGCAUGAGAUUGAUCCCAACAUUGCCAUGCCCAUGAUUCACAAGGGCUGGCAAGACUUCUAUGUUUUUGAGCUGACAAAGUGGACAGAUGGCAUGAUGGCCAUUCCAGAGCAUUGGUAUACAAAACCCUUGGUCUCACAAACAUCUUUUGAGGUUGAGUAUUGGGCUCUUGCAUGGCAAGCUCAUGCUGUUAUGAAUGGCUGCAUGAGUGGAUACAUAGUUCAUGCAUACAAUACUAUCAAGGUUCCAGCAAGUGAACUUCUGCUCUCAUUCCCCCACCUCCUCCAAACCUAUGAAAUCAACCAUCAAGCAGAUCCAUGCAAUAUCAUAGAAACAAGGGGCCAUGGUGUCCUACCAUGGAGAUUGACUGACUCUACUGUUGGUGACAGGUGGCAUGCACAGGUGCAGGGAUGCCAUGUCCUCAACUAUAUGAUGUGGUGUUAUUGUGACAACACAUCUGGCAACAUUUCAAAGAAAUGGAACAAGCACAACUCAUUUCUUAUCACCACAGCCAUACUCCCCCAUGUUAUAGUCCACAAGGAGGGCAACAUUCAUUUCCUUGUGACAUGCAAUAUUGCACCCCCUUUGGAAAUGUUUGAUGGCAUUGUGGAUCAACUUGAGUAA